AUGGAAUCCAAUUCUGAUGAUUUGAAUACAAUUGUUAGAGAUAUAUUCACAGAAUAUCUAUCAUCUGAUGAUAAUAGUUCAAAUAUUAAAACCGUGCAUAAAACUGAACCUUUGGAAUCAGCAAACUUUAGUGAACCAGAAUUAUGUAAUACAAAAAAUACGAAUCGUCGACCAUUUCUUUUUAUUAUACAUAAUAAUGCGAGGUGGUCCCAACUUUCAAAGGAACGACCUGCGAAGAGAUCAGAAGAAAAUGAACAAAAACAACAACAGAAACUCCGAUCUGUUACAGAAGAUCGGCAUGUAUCAUCACCAAUACAACGUGAAAAACAAGAGACAUCUUUAGAUGAUCAAUUCAUUGUCCAACUACGACAGCUCAUUUAUGAAUACGUGGAACAUACAACACGACCAAUGCCAGUUAAAUAUUUUAUUGAUCUAAGUGAUCCAUAG